AAUAAGUAAAUGUAUUAAGACAAACAGCCGUUUUUGAUAAUCGUAUUCAAAGAAGAAAGAAAACAAAAUGGAAUAAAGUUUAAAUGUUUCCCUGGAAAAAGUUAAAAACGGUCACUGAUGUCUCCUAAAAAGGAGUGUACGCUUCGUCUUUUAUUUAUCAUCUUUCUUGCCGGGUUGGAAAGUCACGGUCAAGAUUGUGGAAGUAAAAAUGGUCAGAGGAUAUGCUGCAGUGGUUUUUGGUAUGAGAAAAAGACUAACCAAUGUUUAAAAUGUCCAGCCGGUAACUAUGGUCAUAAUUGUUCAGAAGCCUGUCCAUAUCCCUAUUUUGGAGAGCUCUGCGAGCUAACAUGUAACUGUUCGGUAGACUUAUGUCAUGUAGGUGGAGGAUGCUUUACCGGAAGAUCAGAUAGUAAACUUUGCAGAGGAACAUCCGGUGUAACAUGCUGCAGUAAUUACUGGUUCAAUGAAGAGAACCAUGAAUGUACUGAAUGUAACCCAGGAUACUUUGGAACAAAUUGCAUGGAAAGAUGCCCUUUUCCCUUAUACGGAAAACUUUGUAAUCGAAGUUGCAACUGUUCGGAAGAUGAUUGUAAUUAUGACACAGGAUGUCCAUUACCAAAUGCCAAACCUAACAAUAAAAACUCACUCGGAGGCAAAAUCCCUGAACUAGGACGUAAGCGUAUUUAUUUUCGCGUAGGCGCAUGUGGUAUUAUAGUUAUUCUAACAAUUUUUGUUAUACUCUUUGCUGUGUUCGAAUUUUACCAAAGGAGACGAGGAAGUUCGGAUGAACAAAUGAUUCAUACUGAUAAUGAACCAACAUAUCAGGAGAUAACACUAAAUGAAGAAAAUGAGGGGUUUUUAAUCUCAGAACAUUUCCACUGUAAACAGGAAGCAUCACCUAACCCACCAGAGAUAGUAACGAAUUAGCAAAAUGAAAGCACUGAAAUGCAGACGUAUAAUUCAGAAUCAUCUCCAAAAUGAAAAUAUGGAAUUGACAGAGAUGUGUUCUAGAUAUGUUUUAAAUAUUUCAGCGAAAAUGCUAAUUGUCAAACAUUUACAAUAUACACUCUGAAAACUGCAAUAUCACAAAGAAGGAAAUUCACAAGGAACUUAAAGAAACAAACAUGACCAUUUGUUGAUAUCAAUAUGUAUCAAUAACCACUGACACUGAGACUCGGACUUGAAUCUUAUUGAAACUUGCUUGUUGUGGUGGAUGUCUGGAAAAGAAAUAAGGAACAGUACACGAAGCAUGACUAUGAAUUUAAUUUUUAAAAGAAUCAAAUAUCAUGUUAUGAUUGAAUAGAUUUCUCUUGACGAAUAAUCAAUAUAGUUAUGUAAUUUUCAAUUCAAGUCAAGGAUGGGGAAGUUUCUGUUUACAUAAAUUAUAUAGAUUUUUUUACAAGGAAAUUAUGAUCACAAAUUCCUCAAAUUGAUUGCAGAGUUUGUCAAGGAAACAAUAUUGCAUGUUCAAAACUGGUGCAUAUUUGACAACUGCGUGUAUACAAAUAUAUCAGGUCUAUUAAUAAUAAUAUCGAAACGAAUUCAUAUGACCGACGCAAAUAUUUCCAUAGUAAAGAAAAUUCAUCUUCAUUUGCUACAAUUUAAGCAUUCGAUCAUUGAUAAUCAUUAAUGAA